GUGCAAGACUCUACUUCCGUUCUACUUCCGCUCUCUUGAGUGUGCGAUCCACUCCUUCCGGCAAGAUGGCGCUGUUUUACACUCGGUGUCUUCAGGAGCUGCCAAAGCUUACUAUAUCGGACGUCCACAGGCUCGUCCGUAAUGGAUGCUCUGCCCCCCGGAGUAAACGGGAAAAGGGGUACAAGAUGUAUCUGUCAAGUUUCAUUGACAACUAUGAAGAUUACUUUUGAGGGCAGCUCACCCAUUAAAAUCGCUGUGGCUGAGUGUUCCUGUGUGGCUGGAAACGCUCUCUGCAACCACAAUGUUGCACUACUAUACCAGACCACAGCGUACUCUACACUUCAGCUGAAAGCAGUACCACCUGUCCUGAGCUGCACAGAAACUGAGCAGCGAUGGCAUAAACCACGAACACUGGGUGUGAAACCAGGCAGAGUGGGUAACAUGGUCUUCAUCUCAACAAAACCCAAGGCAAGACAGUACACAGCUGCUGAUGGUGUAAGGAGCAAGCGCUACAAAGCAGUGCGGGGGGACUUGCCAGACCCAGAUGUCCUGAAGGUCGAUGAGGCAUACCAGGACUUCACGGCAGACCUUGCUCCGCUAAUUACCACACUAUCCAUAAGUAGUGAUGUCCCCCUCGUCGACUCAGCCUUUGGGACCGUUCAAGAAGGCAGCCCUAUUUCAUACCAGCACCCAGUGCCAGUGAGUAGGGUAAUCAUCCAACACCCAGACGCACCCCCUCCACCACCCCUGCCGUUAGAUGGUCACAGGCUGGACCCAACCACAUGUUCCUUUGUGUGCACUCACCAACAACACCUAAAUGUAAUGUCGCUUAACAUCACUUUCGACAUGGCAAGAUCCAUCGAGAUGGCCACGAGAGAACAGAGUGGCAGCGCAGAGUGGGGGGAUUAUUUCUUUUUCUAUCAUUACUUGAUCUGAUCUUUUAAAAAUCAAUGAUUCAUUCAAUCAGUUCUUUUUCAAUCAGUUGAUAAAUGUUCUUGUUCUGGUUUUAUUGUUCAUCUUUACAAAUCUAUACAAAGCCUGAACUAAUAGUAGGUUUCAUUGUUCAUCUUUACAAAUCUAUACAAAGCCUGAACUAAUAGUAGGUUUCAUUGUUCAUCUUUACAAACCUAUACAAAGCCUGAAGUGAUAAUUGUCACUAAUGAAGGCCUGCAAUUGACCUGAGACCAUACCUUUUGUACUGAUUGAAAUGAGAGCCCAAGUGUAAAAAUCUAUGUGGAUUGUUGAUACUGGAUUAUUGAAUAAGUGUUGUUCAAUAUUUACUUAUUAAAUUCUACAUGUUGUAAUGUCA